ACUCUGAUUUGCUCUGUGUGUGUGUAUGGGUGUGUAUAUAUGUGUGUUUGAAACAAACAGAAAGCGUGUAAGGACCAACGAGAGGGAGGACUCUUCUUUUUUGCCUAACACUAGUCUCUCUUGGUUGGGACCUGCAAAGAGCAACUUGGGAGUGGUGUCUGGUAUAUGCUGCGCAGCUGAGGAAUAGAAGUACUAAAGAUUCUAUGCUCAAAAGACCACCACAAAGACAGCGAUAGUGUUGGAAGACUACAGAGCCGUCCUCGGGCUGAGUCAAAAACAUGGAUGCUGCUGAGUUCCGGAGACGUGGGAAGGAGAUGGUGGACUAUGUGGCCGAUUAUUUAGAGAACAUUGAGAAGAGGCAGGUUUACCCUGAUGUGGAACCUGGAUAUCUCAGGUCACUGAUUCCUGAGGAAGCCCCGGAGGAGGCGGAGAGCUAUGAGGAUGUGUUCAAAGACAUAGAGAGGGUGAUCAUGCCAGGGGUGACACACUGGCACAGCCCGUACUUCUAUGCAUACUUUCCUACUGCCAACUCUUUUCCUGCAAUGCUGGCAGAUAUGCUGUGUGGGGCCAUUGGCUGCAUUGGAUUCUCUUGGGCAGCAAGUCCUGCCUGUACAGAGUUGGAGACAGUGAUGCUGGACUGGCUGGGAAAGAUGCUGAAGCUACCAGAAGAUUUUCUUGCUGGUACAGAGGGCAGAGGGGGAGGGGUCAUCCAGGGCACUGCCAGUGAAGCCACUCUCAUAGCUCUUCUUGCUGCUCGUUCCAAAAUCGUCAAACUGAUCCAGGCUGACCAUCCUGACCGAUCUGAGACACACAUUAUAUCCAAACUAGUCGCCUACUCGUCUGAUCAGGCGCACUCAUCGGUGGAGAGGGCAGGUUUGAUAGGUGGAUUAAGGAUGAAGAAAAUUCCCACAGACAAUAAGUUUUCUGUACGAGGAGAUGCGCUGCAGAAAGUUCUAGAAGAGGACAGAGCCACAGGACUCAUACCAUUUUUUUUUUGUGCAACAUUGGGAACAACUCCAUCCUGUGCAUUCGACUGUGUCACUGAGCUCGGCCCUAUAUGUAAUGCAGAGAAAAUCUGGAUGCACAUUGAUGCUGCGUAUGCUGGGAGUGCAUUUAUCUGUCCAGAGUUUAGACCCCUGCUGAAUGGCAUAGAGUUUGCAGACUCUUUCAAUUUCAAUCCUCAUAAAUGGCUCCUGGUCAACUUUGACUGCUCAGCAAUGUGGGUGAAGAACAGAUCAGACAUCAUUGGAGCAUUUAAAAUGGAGCCGCUUUAUCUGAAGCAUGAUCACCAAGAGUCAGGACUUGUCACUGAUUAUAGACACUGGCAGAUCCCAUUGGGUCGUAGGUUCCGCUCUCUCAAGAUAUGGUUUGUGUUUCGCAUGUACGGACUCAAAGGUCUCCAAGCCUACAUCCGCAAGCAUGUAGGGCUGGCCAAAGAGUUUGAGUCUUUGGUGAGAGCUGAUCAACGCUUCGAGAUCUCAGCAGAUGUAGUGUUGGGCCUCGUCUGCUUUAGACUCAAGGGCUCCAAUGAAUUAAAUGAAACUCUAUUGAAGAGGAUCAACAAUGCACGUAAGAUCCAUCUGGUACCGUGCCAACUGGCAGGCAAGUUUGUUCUGCGGUUUGCCGUGUGUGCCCGUACUACUGAGUCACGGCAUGUUCAGGAGGCAUGGUGCCACAUCAGCCACCUGGCAUCAGAGCUGCUUCAAGAACUGCCCCACUGACCACUGUGGUGGGCAUCACAUGUUAAGUCAAAUGGGUGAUCUGUACCACGUCUGCUAUCCACACUGUCUUAGUUUCACUCUACUGCUGUGAACUACUAUUUAUUGUCACAAUGCGUGUGUGUGAGUGUAUGCAUGUUGUCACAAAGGUGUCCACUUAGAGUGCAGAGUGUCUGUGUCUUUGUGAGCUUGAUCGUACAUGUCCUCUGCUGUGAGCAGUGUUGUUUUUUUUUGUUUGUUUUUUUUAAGUACUGUUGUAUACUUGUGCACUUGAAAAUGUGUCUAUAUUGAAAAUGAAAUAUGUUUAAUGAGAUGUUCAGAGAAUGUUUUCUCUGAAUAAUAGUACAAAGAAAGCAGAAUGCUUUACCAGAGCAUUGUCCUUUACAUUUUUCACUAUAGCUUUGCUCACUAGUGCUGCAUUUUCAAAAUGCAAAAUCAAAUAUCCAGCCUAAUCAUAGCCUAAUUCCUCUUUUCUGUCUUUUUCUAAAAGCAUUGUUCUUGACUCAGCACAGCUGCUGGGAUGAGAUACCACACCAACAUUCUUUGAAAGUUGUUGUGCCUGACUAGUUAAAAAGAUUAGACUCUGCUACAUAUUAAACAGUAGUGUGUAUGUAUUAACAUUGACAAUAAAGUGCAUUUCUCCCAAAGUGCUGCAUGUGAAUUUUAUAU